UUUCCCUUCUGUCAGGUCAGCCGGCAAAAUGGCGGACUUACACGUGUAUUUUAUUUCAGCCCUCGUUUUAUCUUGCUGCAUACAAAUUUUAGCCGGGCGGGAUUUUUAUGCAAUCUUGGGCGUCUCGAGAGAUGCAAGCAAGAAUCAAAUCAAGCGGGCAUACAGAAAACUGGCGAUGAAGUGGCAUCCCGAUAAAAACAAGGAGGACCCUAAAGCACAAGAAAGAUUUCAGGAUCUGAGUAGUGCAUACGAGGUCCUAGCUGAUGAUGAGAAGAGGAAGGUUUAUGACAGGCAUGGAGAGGAAGGACUGAAAAAUAUGCAACAAGGAGGUGGUGAUGGUUUUGAUCCUUUUUCAAGCUUCUUUGGAGGGUUUGGUUUUCAUUUUGAAGGAUCACAACGUGGGGGUGAAAGGGAAGUCCCUCGUGGAAGUGAUAUUCACAUGGAUCUUCAUGUCACAUUGGAAGAGCUCUACUCUGGAAACUUUGUAGAGGUUUUACGCAUCAAACCAGUCACACAGACAGUUCCUGGCACAAGAAAGUGCAAUUGUCGGCAAGAGAUGAGAACAACACAGUUGGGUCCUGGAAGGUUUCAGAUGUCACCAGUGGAUAUCUGUGAUGAGUGUCCUGCUGUAACUUAUGUCACUAAAGAAAAAAUUUUAGAAGUUGAAGUGGAACCUGGAAUGAGAGACGGACAAGAAUAUCCUUUUGUUGCAGAGGGUGAGCCUCACAUUGAUGGUGAACCUGGUGAUUUGAAGUUUAUCAUAAGAGAACAAAGGCAUGAUAGAUUUCAGAGAAAAGGAGAUGAUCUUUACACAAAUGUGACUGUUGCUUUAAUUGAUGCAUUAAAUGGAUUUGAAAUGGAUAUUGACCAUCUGGAUGGUCACAAGGUGCACAUUGUGCGGGAGAAAAUCACAUGGCCAGGAGCACGCAUAAAAAAGAAAGAGGAGGGCAUGCCUAACUAUGAAAACAAUCACGAGAAAGGGGAUCUUUUUAUAACAUUUGAUGUUGAAUUUCCAAGAGGUGGCAUGUCAGAAAGUGAAAAAGAAGCUUUGAAGACCAUCUUGAAGCAACAAUCUCAACAGAAAGUUUAUAAUGGACUCUAACCAAUUGUUGAUAAAAUAAGAUUUUUCAAUAUAGGUAGUGUAACAUUGUAUUUUUCAAACUUUGCCUCCUUACAAAAGGCUUUUUAAAGUAUCACAAAAGGAUAAAAUGUUUCUUGAGCUUGCACUUUUUGAAUGAAAUAACUUGCUUGACGAAAUGAAAAAAAGUGCAGUUAUUUAAACCUUUACUGGGUGAUGUUUCCUAGUUGAGCUUGGGACAGAUGAUGUCUAGGACAUCUUUCUGUUCUUUGCAGAAAGGAACAGGGAAAAAGAAGAGAAGUCAAAUACUAACUCUCUGUUCCUUGUUGUCAGUAGGAGAUCUCCCUCUUUUUUUCAUUUAGAGAGAAGUUGGUGUUCUUUCCUGGUAACAUUCCUUAAUUUUGUUGAACAGAUAAGUUUGGUGCUCUUGUCACCUCUUUUGGGAUAAUGUUGAGAAAGCUGCAUUUCACCCCCUUUCUGGGAGGAGUGACAAGAGGGCACUGCUGUGGCCUGGGUUUGAAUCCCGGACUUGAUGUCAGGCUUAGGUUGAGUUUGUUGUUGGUUCUCAUGGCAGGGUUUUCCAGUUUCCCUCCCUCCACAAAACUAACAUUUCAAAUUCCUAUCGGACUUGGAAACAGUCAAAUAUCCACCACUAAAUUCCAUUAUUAUUAUUGUCAUUGUAAAAAUUAAAUACUUAGCCCAGGAUUAUACAGUCAUGAGAAUUCUGAUGUGGAAGAAUUGUUGGCUCUUUCCUUCUAACCCUCCCCAAGGCUGCAUGUUGUAAAGAAAAGUAUGAAUUUCUUUCUAUCUUGGUAAAUUAUCCAUACAAACAUUGAUUUACAGUUCCCAUGUCUUCAAAACACCCUAGCUAUGGGUAUUCCAUGGUUGCCACAGGUCAAAGAAAAGAUUAGGAAAAUGAAAUUUCUUCAAGAUCUGGGAAAGUCCAGGAAUUUCACUUUGAUUCAGGGGAAAUUUACAUAUUUGAAGGAAGUCAAGUGAAGUGAAAUUUCAAGUCGUCAAGAAGUUGCCUAUUCAUCUUCUCCUGAACCUUUUCCUGGUGAAACAUGGUGACACUUUCCUUUGUCAUGUUGAGGUUACUCGUGUAUGUUUUUGAGAACUAUUGACAUUUCCUGACAAUCUUGUCCUUUCCCUUUGUAAAGAAAGUUCAACUUGGUUUGUGAAUGUAAUCAUGCACAUGUGUUUCAAUUUUUCAUUGUUUUAACAUUUUCAAUUCCUCAGUAAGUGUUGCUUUGGUAGAUUUUUUUUAUAAUGUAAUUCAAUGACAAACUGAUGUUAGGUUUCCAACUGAAUCAGUCCACUUACCGUGUUACCCUAAAGAGCUAUCAAUGCAUGUACACUGUAUGUGACUUUAUGUACACUUUUUGUGACUUGCUGGAAACUUAGGUUUUCAGGCUGAGGGUUGAGGUUGUAGGACACUAUCAGAAGUCACUCGUGAAAUAGUUAAUAUGGAUGGUUAAAAAGGGAAAUUUUAUGUUUGUCUAAAGGAAAGUCAGGGAAUUCAAAAUCCAACAACUAUGUGGCAACUAUGGUAUUAUUUCAAAGAUAUGGAGAAGCACUGAAUUUUAUUGUUAUUACUGAUGUAAAUAAAGUCUUGUGUUAAAAAAAGGGUCAAGUAUAAUUUGCUUCUUUGCUGGCAUAGUUUCAUGGUAUUAAACCUUUACAUCCUAACAUCAAAAUGCAUCUUCUCCACACUCCUCUCUGUAUACUCCCUAAGGUGCUGACAAGGAGAAUUCAUUGAACAAUCAAGAUCUUCAUUAAA